AUGGACCGAACGAACAUUAUCGACGACAAUGAAGUCGCGCGCGCCAUGAAUUUGGCUACGCCGAGGAAAGGCAAAGGAAAGGGUAAGAAAAAAGCUCCUGAAUCCCACGCGAGCAGUCCUCCAAAGCAGAAGAGUACUGCGAGGGCAAGGGCAAAAAGUGCGACCCCAGCUACACCUUCCACCCCGACGCGGGCUUCCGGGGCUAGGUUCUAUGAGGCGAACGGCUUGAAGAUUCCAUUGUACAACAAAGACGGCUUGGGCAACAAAAAGAGGCCAUACGCUCGCUUAUCCAAGGGUCUGCUCAAGUACAGCGUAGACGACUUGCUUGACAUUGUUGAGCAGUAUGCAGGCGCGGAGAAGAGGCAAGAGCUGAAGGACGAGGGACUAGCGAAAUCAAGGCUGGCGAACUGGAUCGAAGAGAAGGAGACACUUGCUCUUGGACGCAAUCCGAAGUCGACAUUAUCUAUCGCAGAUGAAGAAGAAGAAGCCGAUAAUGCUGAUGACGCCUUUUCCUCCCCCGCGCCUGCCACCCCGAUAUCUUCCAGUGUGAGAACACCAAUACAGGCCAAUACACCCUCUACACCCGUCAAGAAAAAACAUGACUCGCCAAUUACGAUCAAAGACAGUAGUACCUCCCGUCAAUCUAGUCACCGGAAGAGGAGCGCACCUGAUGAGCCACCGGACGGCCGGCCACACGCGAAGCUUCAGAAGCGUGACGCACUAACAAACACGGCUGCUACAAAUACCGGACAUUCGGCUGAGGAUGAGUUCACAGGCACCCUAGUCGACUACAACAUACCAACGCUUUCGCAAACGGAAAGGCAAACAUCGGUAUAUAACGCCAAAGGGUCCCGCCAAGAUGCUUUCAUGCAGGCCACUGGCAUGAAUCCUUUGGAUCCCGACCGCUCUUCGAUAAUCAUUCGCGGACGUAAUGAGGAUCGCGUGCUCACAGCGACAUCUGGCCAAGGUUAUCGCAAGGGCGAGACGUACUUCCAUGAGACCACAAUACCACAUCGCGCUAUCAAGUCCCACCAAUCUCCUCCCGUCCCAUACCUAAAAGAAGGAGAGCACGGACGUAAAGGUGACUUUCAAGCCGAUAACGACCGGCGCACGGGCCUGGGUCAUCAGUUUGAACCGGACGACCAUCUCAAGUGGUUGGAGUUCAAGAAGUUCUACAGCACAAUUUACGAGCAGUUUCCACACUAUCCGAAGCCGAACCAGGGGAUAACAAUCGACCUUGAGACCAAGGAUACAUGGGAUGCAUGGCAAGUUUGGUACGAUGAGUUUACGCACAAGUAUCCCGGGUCUGCAGACUACAUCAAGUCAAAAGCGUGCAAAGUUCCAAACAUGCCGCCAGUGCAAUCACUCAAGCGCACUUCGGCAGAAGCCAGAAGAGACAGCGGCGCGGGCUUGAUGACCCCAUCGAAAACACCAUCAUCACCCGACAAGUCUACAAUGCGCCUGAAGCUCGAAAUACCUCAACGAGACAUCUCCAAAGAGGAAGAACGCAAGCUCAAGAUCCGAAAAGCCGCUGCAAAACGCUGGAUACCCAAUCUUCAAAGGCCUCCGCCUCAGCUAAAAGAGAUCAACGCCGCCUACAACAAUAAGCUUAUGAGGCAUUACACCGACGGAACUGCAGCACCGUCAGACAACAUCAUCAGACCGCCUAUCAACAGGUCCGCCCGUGUCGACGCUUUACUGGCAACGCUCCCACUUCAACCCGAACAAAAGCUGCCAAAGUCACUCAGUCAAAUACAAGCCGAGCACCGCGAACAAGUCCGAAUUGCCGCACUUUUGGAGCCAAACAGGAAAAUCACAGAAGGCGCGGACGCCAAAGAACUAGCGAAGGAAGCUUUUUCAUCGAAUGGACAACCUCGAGCCCGCAAAAGUCUCAAGCGCAAGUGGACGGUUGUUUCGGAUCUGAAAGUCGAGGAGAUCCAGAAGUAA